CGCACACAAUAGUCAACAUGGCUUCCGCACAGACCUUCACUCUUGGCCUCUGUAUUCUUCUGGCAAGUCUUCCCCAUGGCAUGGCCUUUCCUCCUAACUUAGCGUCUACUCUGGAAAGCGCCGUAUCAGGAACUGCUCCGUCUCCGUCUUCAUCUCCUGCUCUUGCUAUUCCUUCUUCUUCUUCUUCAUCUUCUUCUUCUUCUUCCCUUUCUCCUGCUGCAGCAGCUUCUCCAAUAUCGGGACCAGGCGGCACUAUAGCAUCACCUUUUGCCGGUCAAGGCUUUACAUUGCCAUCAGGGAAAAGUAAAGACAGUACUUCUACCAGAGUGCAAAGAAAUGAGGACAGCAUAGGAGAUAUGGAAACUUUCCUAGAGGAACUGCAAUCCUCCCUAACAAACAUCACCAUCAGCCAGAACAGUACCGCGGUCGAUGUAGCUAGUCUCUUUAGUGAUUUGAACUCACUGCAGUCCCAGAUGUCUUCACUUACUUCAAGCGUAACGACCAUCCAGCAGGCCAACGCAGCUGCCCCAGCCCCCGGUUCGGAUUACAGUGCUGAUAUUCAUGGCUUGACUACAAGCGUGGCUGGUGUUGAAGGUGAACUUGCAACUGUGCAAAGCACCCUGGAAGCGUCCAUAACAGAUGUCGGAGCUGAUGUUACCACGCUUGAAGACUCGCUGGCAGACCUGGCAUCAUCAGUGACUGGGGUGGAAGAUCUGGCGAUGGGCUACGACACUCGGAUCAAUGCCCUAUCCAACAGCAUAGCUAAUGUUCCUACACAUGAAGACCUUGCAAGUAUUGAAUCAGACAUCAGCGGCUUCGAAGCACGAAUUGCUUCAGUUGAAGGUCAAAGUUCAAACCAAGUGGUAGAUGACCUUGAAACACGUGUGAGUGACCUUGAAUCUGCUCAGAGCACCGACUACACAUCAGAAAUCAAUGCAUUACAAGAGAGAGCGAAUAGCUUGGAGCAAACCGUUGCUGGUGUUGACGCAACUGUUCAAAGCCUGGACACAAGUAUUUCCGACCAGCUCAUCGAACAAGAUUUGAAACACGAAGAAGCUUCAGCUUCCAUCGUAGAUUUAAUGACGGAGAUGGCUGAUCUACGGGCUGACAUUGGAGUCUGUCAAAGAGUAGGAGGCUGCGAAGACAUCCAUACAAUGAUUGAAACUAUGCAGAAUCAGGCUUCGGAAAUCCAAGUUCUUGUGGACUCAAUACAAGGAACAGCUACAGAAAAUGCUGUUUUUGUAAGCGACUAUACGGUGAAGUUCAAUGGCAUGGAAACAACAAUUGGAACUCUACAAAGUCAUCUUGAUGCACAGGCCAUAAGUGUGUCUGGUAUCGACUCUUUGAGCACCACAGUGGAUGGCAUUGCAGCUGAUCUUGCCGACCUUCAAACUGUUGGGUCGCAGACAGACUCGGCAGUUGCUGAUGUUCAGGCCAACGUCGCGGACCAUGCCAACUCCAUUGGAACUCUACAGACUGGAGUGACGGGUCUUCAGUCUAGUCUGGAUGCCUUGGUUGCGGAAAUAGCCACAGUCUCAUCGGAUUCAAGCGCCAAUCAAAACGCACUGGAAACACAGGUCGGAAAUCUGCAGAACCAACUUGAUGAUCUAAGUGACGUUGUCGACAGUAUGGUCGAGGACAUAGACACCAGCUGUGAUUAUCCAUGGUCGUAUAGAAGUGGUCCCAGCACUUGCAUUUACUCGGCAUAUUGGGUCAAAGCUUACUGGAUUGAUGCAAAGGAGUGGUGCGAGUCCUUCGGCUCAAACUAUCGUCUCUACGUUGUCGACACGUAUGCCAAAAAAUCCGACCUGGUCAGCUACAUCAACUAUCAGUUAUGGGACUUCACGAAUGACUAUUUGAUUGGCUUCUUUGGAUUUGAAAGUCAGAAUUACAAGUGGGUGGAUGGUUCGAGUAAUUUCGAUUACUAUUCGUGGUGUAGUGGGGAACCCAACAACUGGGGACAUGGCUGUGGCAGCUUGUGGAAUGGAGCCGGCCUCUGUUUGGAUGACGUCAACUGUGACGCAUACAACAAGUUUAUUUGCGAGAAGGUCAUCUCAUAAGUCUCUACACGACACCUUCACACAGAGAGAUGAGAAUAAAAUUUGCAGAUAACACAUA